UGAAUGUGUGAUUUGGUCUUUUCGGUGUACUUUUGCGCGUCUGAUCACAUCAGUCUGUUAAUUGUUGUCGUGUCGACUUAAAGAGUCAUUUCCCACAAAAGGGAAUCUAAUUAUUUUCUUUUCUCUUACACAUUAACCGCCAACAUCGCCUUAUUCACACCCGGGUGACAAACGCGCGCUCAUCCUCCGCGUUUUGCCACUUUCGUCUCUUUGAACUUUGCGCUCGUAAAGAUCUGGGGUAUAAAAGCAAAGUUUUACCCCACACUGGGUCAUUUUCUUCGAGACAAAACCACAGAUAGGAGAUGGCACAGGUCGAUGACAGUGUGGACAUCGAUGCUGCUACGGCAAAUAUUCUGACGCAUUGGGGCUGGAACAGAGAGGAGAGGACGUUUGGAGACAGCGCGUCUUCUUCACCGGAUUCCUCAUUUGAAUCCAUGUGCUCAUCACCGGAGAUGCGCUCCAGUCCCGGAGGAUGCCCGGAGUACCAGCUGUCCGGACGCAAACACAACCGCUUCUCUGAGCAACAGAAGCCCAAAGUCAAGAUGAGCAUCAAGAGGAGAGUGAAGGCGAGCGAGCGAGAGAAGAUGCGCAUGCGCAGUCUGGCGGAGGCGCUGCAUCAGCUGCGGGAUUACCUGCCGCCGGUGUACAGCAGAAGAGGACAACCGCUUACCAAGAUCCAAACCCUCAAAUACACCAUCCAGUACAUCAAAGAACUCUCCACCAUCCUCGAGCAGCAAUGAGGACAUUCACGUGUGUUUGAAGUCUUUCAUGGUCACGGGAAGAUCUGUGUUUUCAGUUCUUCAUCAUCUUUUACGGACAUAAUUCUCUUGGAGCAGAAAGGAUCGUGAUUUUUUGACUGCUGUUGUACAGAGUUUAUUUUCUAUUUUUCCCCACCACAUGUGUUUUUCUGAUGUAAAUAUUUCUUGUCACAUGAGUGGUAUGUCUAAUCUUAUACUUUUUUGGAAGUCAUUUUUUAUGAUAAAAUAAUUGAAUAAAUGUAAUGUUCGUGUUAACGUACUAUGGUCUUUUUAUUGGUGUAAUGGAAAAUAUUAAAGCUCAACAUAUGUUAUUGAAAAAUGUUAAAUUUAGCAAGUCUACGAAUCUCUCAAACAGAAAUCACAACACAACCCACACACAGGUUGCAAUAUUUAAGAUUGAAAUUUGUAUAGAAAAUAAAGUACAAAAUU